GACACCUGGCGGCGGGUGGUGGAAGUUACACCAGAUGACGUAAACAAACACACGUCAGUUGCCAACCAAGAUGGCAGAGGAUGGUCCCUCCAAGAGUGACAUUGAGGCCGUGUUUAAGCGACUCCGUGCAAUACCCACCAAUAAAGCAUGCUUCGAUUGCAAUGCCAAGAAUCCCACUUGGGCCUCGGUGACAUAUGGAGUGUUCAUCUGCAUCGACUGCUCAGCUGUCCAUCGUAGCUUGGGAGUUCACUUGACAUUUGUAAGGUCAACCCAGCUGGACACAAACUGGACGUGGUUACAGCUUCGUAAUAUGCAACUUGGAGGAAACACUAAUGCUAGAACUUUCUUCCGUCAGCAUAACUGCACAACCACAGAUGCCCAGCAGAAAUAUAAUUCACGGGCAGCACAACUGUACCGUGAAAAGCUGUCACAAAUAGCACAGCAAGCUAUGAGGAUUCAUGGGACUCGGAUGGAGUUAGACCCUCAGCAAACCCAUAGACUGGCUAGCACAGUAGGCCUGGUCGCAUGGUCUCCUGCAAGUUUAUCAGCAUCACAAUCAACCACUCAGCCAAAGUCUAUAGUGGUGAGAGAGGGGAAUAGUUAAUGGUGUUUGAGUGUG